AUGAGGUCCGCUGUCCAGCAAUAUCUUCAAGCAGAGAGGAACUCUGUCAACCUUGCAAAGCUUGUCCAAUUCGUCACGCUGAAGGUUUCGAUCGGCUAUCUUUUCAAAGUCCCAGAACAAGACCUCGACAAUAAGAAGGACGUCAUCAUCUCUAUCGCCAACAGAAUCAACGACCUGUGGAUCCUUUCCAAGGGUAGCGGCAGUGACGGGAGGAGUAUUCCAGCCUGGCAUGAGGAGCAGGGUAUAAUCCAGGACCUUCUCACUAUCAUCCCUGACCAUGACCCGCGCGAUCCACGCCGUAACCCAAUGAACCUAAUUCUGCCUGCAUACGAGACAAUGUGGCGAGCCGUCUUCCGAGCGACCAUCGACGUCGUCAAGGAGAUCCUCCGCCUCUACCCGCCCACACGACGCAUCCACCGCAAGUACCCGGACCAUGAGCCCUUCAUCAGCGCAGACCUCGAGAAGAUGCAUCGCAAUCGUGACCUGGCAGGCGACGAUCCCCAAGCAUUCCGGCCCGCUCGCUGGCUGGAGAUCCAGCAGAGAUUCCUCGACGACGCACGAGCCAGAACACUUAAGGAAUUUGAGGAACACCUUGGGUUCAUGCCAUUCGCAGGAGUUUGUCCUGCGGGAAACCGGACGACGUACGCCUUUGGCUGGAAGAUGAUCGCACUGCUGGCUGGGUCGCUCAUCGAGGGCUUGGAUCAGCUGGAUGGGGGGUGGGUCCUGCGCGCUGGCAAGAAGGGAGACGAGUUGCCGCCCUAUGGCAAAGCCCUGGGCUCGGAACGGGUGGAUUAUCUCAGUUUGGUCUACAAGAAGACUUGA